GGAAAACAGGUAUAAAGCCGGGGGUUUGAUAUUUUCUUCUUCAAUCUUUCAAAAUUUCAUCGUCUACUUACAAAUUUCGGAUAAUGUAAAACAUUUAUGUUCAAAGACUCACAGAAAAUGAAAUCAAGCUUCGUCCUUUUCUGGCAUGUCUUGGCAGUUUUGUUAAAAGUUUCCAAUGGAAAGUGCUUUUGGUACUAUGGUGCAACGACAUCUUUGCAAACAUUGUCAAGGACCAAUUACUCAAAUAACGAACACUGUACAUUCUACAUCCGACCUUCUGGUUCCUACUCGUCGUCCAGUUACUACUUGGAAAUCAAAUGGAUAUCGUUCAACAUUGAAGGGAAGCUACCUUCUUGCGUUGACUACGUCGAAAUAUUUCUCACGAGUUCAUUCAAAAGCAUUGGGAGAUACUGCUCUGACAACAUGAUGGCCACAAAGCCGUUCAACAUGUAUUCCCAUGAUGGAUACGCAAAGAUUGUCUUCAAAUCAGACAGCUCGAUUAUACGACCAGGGUUUUCAUUAACAUACCAGUUAAGGAACAAGUCAGGAUCACCAAUGGGUGGACUCCCAGUAAGCAGCACAUGCUAUCUUAAGGGUAGUUAUUCAGCAGCCACUUUCUUCGCCUCUGGUUGGCCAUACACCUACUACGCAAGCAGCCAUCCGUGUAGGAGUACCUAUUACGCUGGCAAAAAUACAGUACGCGUUGCUGUGAUGGACAUUUCAUUAUACCAAAGGUCGUCGCUCAACUGUUACCAAACUAAUUCAUACUUUCAAGUCUUGGCAUCUUCCGGUUUCUACAGAACUUCGUCAAACAUAGCAGAACGUGCAACAUGUGUAAGCAAGAGGAUCUAUGGAACCCUAUUUCCAACCGUGUAUACUGUUAAAAAAAAUUACGUUUACAUGUACUUUAAAAGAAAAUUUAACAGCACUGGGUAUCGUGGCAUCAUGGCUGGCUAUAUGGCUUAUGAUGAAACUCUUCCAGAUGUAGAUGAAUGUUCUGAAGGAAGCCAUAGAUGCAGUUUUAAUGCUUCUUGCACAAAUACGCUCCAAAAAUACCGAUGCACUUGCAAUAGAGGAUACACGGGGAAUGGAUAUAUUUGCGGUAAAGGGUCUUCCUCUAAACCGGCCAAUAAAACUGGAAUAUACAUUGGUGGAACCGUAGGUGGUGUAAUCUUACUACUUAUUGUCAUCAUUGCCAUAAUUUGUUUUCGCAAGAGAUCACAGAGAGCAAAUCAUUCCCAAGCCGUUACUUCAGCAAUAUUCAUUGCUGCCAAUGCCUCAGACGAUGAAACCGUUUUGCUAAGAACGCAGUCUUUGCAGCAGCGAAUGACACAGUCAGCCGUCAUUUCUACUGAAGGGAAUGCCUCUAACCCACCAACAGCGUUGUCUCGUUUACCUUCAUAUGCAGAAAGCAUGACCCAAAAUUCCAACGCAAUACCACCGCCUGAAUACCAAACAGCCAUUGUACCAAACAGUACCUACCCGACGGCUCCACCUCCGUAUUCAACAAAUCAACCGCCACCACAGAAUCCAAGCUACUUCGGUCAAUCAAGCGUCGUUCUUUUGUGGCAUGUUUUAGCAAUUUUGCUUAAAAAUGCCAGUGGAGUGUGCUAUAAUUCCACAAAUUAUGCGACAACCUAUCUGCAAACAUUGUCGAGGUUCAACUACUCAAAUGAUGAAUACUGUUCAUUCGACAUAAAACCUGCUAGUUUCAACUCGUCGUCCAGUUACUACUUGGAAAUCGAAUGGAUAUCAUUCAACAUUGAAGGGAAACUACCUUCUUGUGAUGACUAUGUUGAAGCAUUUUUCACGAGAUCCUUUAAAAGCAUCGGGAGAUAUUGCUCUGAUAAUAUGGUCGACACACAGCCAUUCAACAUGUAUUCCCAUGAUGGAUACGCAAAGAUCGUCUUCAAAUCAGACAGCGCAAGAACACGGUCCGGGUUUUCAUUGACAUACCAGUUAAAGAGCAAGUCAGGAUCACCAAUGGAUGGAUACCCAAGCAGCACAUGCUACAUUAGUGAUUUAUCUGAAGCAGCCACAUUAUACUCUUCUGGUUGGCCCUACGGUUACUACGCGAGCAGCUCCCCGUGUUGGAGAACCUAUUACGCAGGUUCAAAGGCAGUGCGUGUGGCUGUGAUGGACAUUUCAUUAUACCGACAAUCAUCUGUUCUCUGUUUCACAAAUGAUUCAUACUUUCAAGUCUUGGAAUCGUCUCUUCACUUCUCAACUUCAUCGGAUAUAAAAUCUUACGCAUCUAGUGUGAGCGGAUUGAUCUGUGGAACCUUAUUUCCAACGGUGUAUACUGCUACAGGAAAUUACGUUUACAUGUACAUUAACAGACCACAGACAAGCACUGGAUAUCGUGGCAUCAUGGCUGGCUAUAUGGCUUAUACUAAAAAUGAUGUGAAUGAAUGUACUCAAGGAAGCCAUAAAUGCAGUUUUAAUGCUUACUGCACAAAUACCGUCGGUUCAUACCGAUGCACUUGCAGUAGCGGAUACACGGGGAAUGGAUACGUUUGCAAUGCAACUGAUGAGUGUACAAGUGGUAGCCAUAGUUGCAGUAGUCAAGCUACAUGUAUAUCUGGAACCGGCUCAUACCGAUGCAUUUGCAAAAGUGGAUACACGGGUAACGGGUUUAGUUGUGAAAAAGAAGAUGAGUGUACAAGUGGCACCCAUAGUUGCAGUACUAAUGCUAUAUGUAUAUCUUGGUUGGGCUCAUACCGAUGCAUUUGCAAAAGUGGAUACACGGGAAACGGGUUUAGUUGUGAAAGAGAAGAUGGCGAUUACUGUGCACUUGGAACACAUAGUUGCAGUAAUAAUGCUACAUGUAUAUCUGGGACCGGAUCAUACCGAUGCAUUUGCAAUAGCGGAUUCACGGGGAGUGGAUAUAGUUGUAUGCCAGAUGGCGAUUACUGUGCACUUGGAACACAUAGUUGCAGUAAUAAUGCUACAUGUAUAUCUGGGACCGGAUCAUACCGAUGCAUUUGCAAUAGCGGAUUCACGGGGAGUGGAUAUAGUUGUAUGCCAGGUGACGGGUCUUCCUCUAAAAGUGCAAGCAAAGCUGGAAUAUACAUCGGUGGAGUCGUCGGUGGAGCCGUCGGUGGCGUCUUCAUAAUACUUAUCAUCAUCACUGUCGUUCUUUGUUGUUGCAAGAGAUCGCAUAAAUCUGAGGUGCCUUCUACAGCAAUACAAACAAGCCAUUCUCAAACUGCUACUUCAGCAACAUACAUCGUCGCCAAUACCUCAGCAAAUGGUGCCUUUAUGCAGAAUACGGAGUCACUGGAGCAGAAUAUGACUCAGCCUGCUGUCAUUUUCAGUGAAGGGAAGGCCUCUUAUCCACCAGCAGGGUUAGCACCAUUUCGUCUGCAUACAGCAAGAGUGGCACCAGAUAUCAACACCAUACCACCGCCUGAUUACCAAACAGCCAUUGUACCAAACAGUACCUACCCGACGGCUCCACCUCCGUAUUCAACUAGCAUGGAAUCAACAAAUCAACCGCCACCACAGAAUCCAAGCUUCUUCGGUCCUUCUUAGGAUUAUAAUAUUUGAUGAUAUUCAUUUAUGAAACUAUUAAGGUGACUUUCUUAACUAGUAUCGUUUUUCAUUGCAAGUAGCAAAGGUUGAAAGGAGCAAAGUCCUUGAAUCGACCACAAAUAGCUCUCGUUCUUAUGUAAAGCUAUAAACAUCCACAUGCAUUUGUUAAUAAGCAGCAACUUGUAAAUGUUGAAUUUUUGGAA